GUCUCUGCGUUGGCAGCUGUACUAACAGGGUGUUGUCAUGACAGGAUGCGGUUAACACUCAUGCUUCCUGUGGUAACUUCCUGACACAAGAUGGCUGAGCAGCAGACAUCUCCACCGGCUCAAACGCUACGACUUUCUCUUCUUCAGAGGCUGAAGUGUUUUCUCUCCUCCAUCUUUCCUCAGGCUGAUAUCUCACAUGGCGCAGGCCAGUGAUUCGAACACCACUGUGUAUCUUCCAGAGCGAGACGCUGUGCUCUCUGGUCCUGUGUGACAUCAACCUGCUCAGAUGAAUGUGAGCAUCACUGUCCUGGGAAUUUCUGGACUCAGAGGACUGACAACAAGAGAGCGGUCCUUCUAGUUUAUUCUGACGUGGACGCCUCGGCCAACAACCGAGCGCACAGCGUGUUCACACACGGUGUAACUGCUGCCACGCCUGUAGUCUGUCUGUCACUGCUCUCGACAUGUGGACAUGACCGGGAGAACGAGAAGCCAUUAACCAGGAAGGUGCUGUGUUUUCCUGAUACAAUUAUACAUUACACACAGUAUGUGUCGCUUGAUGUGAGCUGCCGGUGACACAGGUGAUUCAGAAACGUGAGGUCACAGAAGAACUGACGGAGGCCGUCGGGAUGUUUCCCCUCUUUAAGGUUGUGUAAACUAGAUUUACCUCGACUGUUCCUCGGAGCCGAAGCUUCCUCCCGGUCUCGGCGGGGACGAGCGAUGGCCACAGCGAUAGAGCUGCUGGAGACUCUGGAGGAUUUGGGGGAUAGAGAGCUGAAAAAUUUCAAGUGGUACCUGCAGCAGCCGGACUUCCUGAAGGACUUCCCCUCCAUCCCGAAGAGCCAGCUGGAGAAGGCCGACCGGCCGGACACGGUGGACGUGAUGGUGCACACCUACAGCCAUCGCUGUGUGGAGGUGGCCAAGAGGGUGUUGAAGAGGAUGAGGAGGAACGACCUGGUGGAGAGUUUGUCCAACAGCGGCUCAGCACCUGAAGGUCCAUCAGCUGGUGCAGCACCUGCAGCAGGUGAGGCCAAGGCUGCUGCAGAUGAUGAUGAUGAUGCUGAUGAUGAUGAUGAUGCUGAUGGAGAGCCUUCAUCUGUGGGGCCACAGGCUGCUCCUCUCUCUGACCCCCCCGCUGAAGACGUGAUGGUGCAAGUAGCACAACGUCCACAGAGCAGCCCCACGCUGCAGCUCUCGGUGCAGUCCCGCCUCCAGGACGUGUUCAGGAGUGCACGGGGGGGGGCAGAGAGGCAGCGUGAAGGACGGUUGUGUGACGUGAACCCGGAGCAGUUCGUCAUAGACGGUCGGGACGCACAGAACAACACGCUGCGUCCGUUCAGGAAGCUGGAGACGGAAACUGGACAAUCAGCAGAAUCACAGAGACCGAUUCAACCCUGUGACGUCUUCCAGCAGCCGUCCAUCAGAACCGUCCUCACUACUGGGGUCGCAGGGAUCGGGAAAACAUUCCUUGUGCAGAAGCUGUUGUUGGACUGGGCUGAACAAAGAGCCAGUCAGGAUCUGCAUCUGAUAUUCGCCUUCACUGUCCGGGAGCUGGGUUUAUGGAGGGAGGAGAGCUUUCGACUGGCAGAGCUGAUUCACACAUGUAUCCCAGAAACUAAGUGCAUCAAGGAGGAGACUCUGAAUGACAUCCUCACAACUUCACAGAACUCCAACAGAGGUGACUUCAGACUUCUGUUUGUGUUUGAUGGACUGGAUCAGAGCCACUUUCAACUAGACCUCAAAACUAACACGUCUCUAGAUGUGACCAAGUCGAUGAGAGUGGAUGUGCUGCUGACAAACCUCAUCAGGGGGAAACUGCUUCCCUCUGCUCGCCUCUGGAUAACCACACGACCUGCAGCGGCCAAUCAGAUCCCUCCUGAGUGUGUUGACCUGGUGACAGAGGUCAGAGGGUUCACUGACCCACAGAAGGAGGAGUACUUCAGGAAGAGGUUCAGAGAUGAGGAGCAGGCCAGCAGCAUCAUCUCCCACAUCAAGACAUCACGAAGCCUCCACAUCAUGUGCCACAUCCCAGUCUUCUGCUGGAUCACUGCUACAGUUCUGGAGGAGGUGUUGGAAACCAGAGAGGGAGGAGAGCUGCCCAAGACCCUGACUGAGAUGUACAUCCACUUCCUGGUGGUUCAGCUCAACAAAGCGAAGGAGAAGUAUGUCCCAGAGAAGUGCAUUCAGUACAUUCAGUCCCUGGCCAAACUGGCUUUUCACCAGCUACUGAAAAGCAGCACGAGCUUCAUGGAGGAAGACCUGAGACUCAGUGGCAUCAACACCAGAGCGGCGUCAAAGUACUCCAGCCUGUUCACAGAGAUCUUCACACAGGUGUGCGGGCAGAGGGAGGGCGGAGACCAGAGAAACAUGUUCUGCUUUGCUCACCUGAGCCUUCAUGAGUUCCUGGCUGCUGUUCACGUGAACAUAUCGCUCUUCAUCUACAACAGAAACGUGAUGCCUGGGCCCAGACUGAAGGUCUCUGCAACUAACGUCCACAAAAUGGCUGUGAACAAGGCCGUACAGAGUCCAACUGGACACCUGGACGUGUUCCUCCGUUUCCUCCUGGGUCUGUCACUGCCGACCAAUCAGAAUCACCUACAAGGCGCCCUAACACUGACUGCAGGACGUUCACAGAACAACCAAAAAACAAUCAGGUACAUCAAGAAGAAGAUCAGGAAGAGUCCUUCUCCAGAGAAAAGCAUCAACCUGUUCCACUGUCUGAAUGAACUGAAUGAUCGUUCUCUAGUGGAGCAGAUCCAACAGUCCCUGAGAUCAGGAAGUCUCUCCACAGAUAAACUGUCUCCUGCUCAAUGGUCAGCUCUGGUCUUCAUCUUACUGUCCUCAGAAGAUCUGGACGUGUUUGACCUGAAGAAAUACUCUGCUUCAGAGGAGGCUCUUCUGAAGCUGCUGCCAGUGGUCAAAGCCUCUAAAACAGCUUUGUUGAGUGGCUGUAACCUCUCAGAGAGAAGCUGUGAAGCUCUGUCCUCAGUCCUCAGCUCCCAGUCCUCUAGUCUGAGACACCUGGACCUGAGUAACAACGACCUGCAGGACUCAGGAGUGAAGCUGCUGUCUGCUGGACUGAAGAGUCCACUCUGUACACUGGAGACGCUCAGGCUGUCAGGCUGUCUGGUCACAGAGGAAGGCUGUGCGUCCCUUGCCUCAGCUCUGAGGUCAAACCCCUCCCACCUGAGAGAGCUGGACCUGAGCUUCAACCAUCCAGGAGACGCCGGAGCCAAGCUGCUGUCUGCUGGACUAGAGAAUCCGUUCUGGAGACUGGACACUCUCAGGUUGGACUUCGGUGGAGAGCAGAGGCUGAAACCUGGUGUGAAGAAGUACACCUGUGAAUUGGAGCUGGACACAAACUCAGCACACAGAAACCUCGAACUGUCCCACAACAACAGGAAGGUGACAUCAGUGACAGAGGAUCAGUCUUAUCCUGAUCAUCCAGACAGAUUCGACCAGUGGCCUCAGCUGCUGUGUAGAAACCAGCUGACCGGUCGUUGUUACUGGGAGGUCAAGUGGAGAGGACGAGUGGACAUUGCAGUGACUUAUGGAGACAUCAGAAGGACCGGGAACAGUCUGGACUGUGUGUUUGGAGGGAACGAUCACUCCUGGAGUCUGAGGUGCUCUGAUUUCGAUCUUACCUACUCUGUCUGGCACAAUAACAGAAAAAUAUCCACCGUCUACUCCGCCGCCGCCGCCGCCUCCUCCUCCUCCUCUAACAGAGUAGCAGUGUAUGUGGACUGUCCUGCUGGCUCUCUGUCCUUCUACAGUGUCUCCUCUAACAAACUGAUCCACCUCCACACCGUAAACACCACCUUCACUGACCCUCUGUACCCGGGCUUUGGGUUUGGCCUUGAGACGCUUUAUUUCUUUGAAUACGAGUCCUCAGUGUCUCUGUGUCGGCUGUAGGACGCAGCGUCUCUCAGGGAUAUGAACACAGUAUUGAGAUGGUGUGUUUCCUGUCGCCUGACCUGAACCCAGACACACUGUGCUAGAAUCAAUCCACAGGAUCAAUUUAAAAAUACCAAACAGGAUUAAAGCUGCAGUGUUGAGCGGGCCGCUGCCAGGAUCCACCCGACGCUGCCAACAUACAUCAUGUUCCUGUACAACAAGUGUAAACACGACCAUGAAAAUUAAAUGAUGAUGGUGGCGCUAUGACUUCAGAUCAGCAUGCAGAUGUCCUCAGUGUGGGACAGUCAUCAAACAUGAAGUUUGGAGCAGAGUGGACAAUGUGUAUUAUAGUUAUGACAACUUCCUGUUUCCUGCCACAAGCACGCCAUUCAAUGAAAACUCACAGUUUUCGCUCUGAAGCAUCAUGGAGGUCUGAAGUGUGAAGGACUGAAGGAGGAGCACAUCACAGAGUUAAACAUGACAUUACAUGUGUUGUCACAUUGAAGGUGUUUUCUGAAGAUGCAGUGGUUUGAGCUUCAGGGCCACCGUACUACUUCUUUAAUGCGAAGAGACAAUUCAGUUUAACAUAGUGUCAAAUCAAAGUUUAUAGCUGCUGCUUAUUCUCCACUCAGGUCUCUAGUUGGACUCUUACAUGUGUGAUGUCAUUAAAACAGUCAAUAGCAGAAACAACACAGUGAUGAAAUCCAACCCUUAGCUAAAACAAGGGGGGGGGGUAUCUUGAGACACAGUGCUGUGGUCUCUCACAGUUCAACAGCCUCAGGGUCACAACAUGCAACACAAUGUAAACUGGAGUUUGUUGAGUCUGAGCAAACACUUGGAUCAGCUGCUGUCAGACCACGUGAUCACAUGACACUCUGACACCUUCAAAAUAAGAAGAUCACUUCCUGUCUGAGCUCGUACUGAUCAAACUGAGCUGAUUCCGUCACAGAUCACGAUGUGUCCGGCCAUCAAUUGUCCAAAGCUGAUGAGCUUCAGGUCACAUGAUCUAUCCGCUCAGGUGUUUCAUGUCCACAGGUCAGAGGUCACAGGUCACAGGAUGAGACAGUGGUGCACUCCUGUAAAGGUGCAAUAUAAGAUGUGGCCAGAACUUUAGUCUAAAAUGUUCAAAUAAUGAAAUGACAGUGAUGAUGUCAUGAUUAAGAUCUCCAUCUGUUGUAUUUCAGAGUCAUCUACUGAAAUGCGCAUGCGCACCAGCCCCGACCUGUCCUGUGUUGUAAUACCACUUUGUGACACUAGACGCUGUCUGAGUCAGCAGCGCAUCAAGUCUGCCCUCAGUCCCACAGAUUGGAAGAGCUUCCUUCCUCUGAAGCUCCUAGAAAACGAUCUUUAUCUCCAUCCUGAAGAACCGCUCCGACAGGAAACCACGUUCAGCGGCAAAGAAGCAAAACAUGAUGAAUGAUGGUGUGUUUUUCCAGCGCUGAGACAGGUCUGGGUGAAGAGAUGAAACUCUUCUGUUAGACAGUGAGGGACAUCUAAUGUUGGUCUGUAGUGAAAAGUAUCUUCAGUGCAAAUGACAAACCGCAUAAAUGUAUGAUUGAUGAUGUGGACAGACGUUUUAACGAUGUAGUAGAAUUCAGCCUGUUCCUGAAGCUGUUGUCCAGCUGAUGCGUCACUAACUUUCCUUUUACAAGACAAAAAGACAGUUUGAUCCAGAACCAGCAGGUUCAGGAUCCACCGCCUAACACUGUAUUCAUUUCAGCAGAUUCAUAUCUAUCCUUACUACUCAUUAUACUCACACAACAGACCUAACAUCUUUGAAUAUUGUAUGAUCUAAAGGAAUUGUCCUAUCACAUGUCUGUCUGUAUCAGGACCAGAAGUCCAGUCUAAUCACCAGUGAUGGACCAGCACCUGCCUUUUCUUCUGCAUCUGGCCUCAUCAACCAUCAACCACAUGACAUCAACACUUAUUAUUCUUUACUGUUGCAGUAUUUGAUCUUUUUAUUGUUAUUUCCUGUUAAUAUGUUUGUUGGAUACUACACCAAACACUGAGCCAAAUAUCUUGUGAGUAAAAACCUUCCUGACAAUAAACCUUAAUAUCUGA